CUUGCCGCGAACUUAGGAGAAAAAAUAUGACGCUGCCUUCCCCGUCUUCAGCCGGCACAAACUGCUCGAAACGCGCAAGGCCAUAUAUAAAGGCUCUAUACACGGUCUAGUUGGAGCAUCAAUUUACACGAGAAUCCUGUCUAUACACCGUCAAACAAGCUCAAAGCCAUGCUCGCUUUCCCCACCCUCAUUUCAGCCCUUUCUCUGGUCAUCGGCUCCUACGCCGCUCCUCUGAUCGUUGGCACUGUCACCUGCGAACCAUACGCAUCUGGUGCGCUGGAUUACAGCACGCAUGCCACUGCACCGCUCGGCGGUUAUCGUACCACCCUCAACACCCAGCAAGAGCUGACUGUCAGCGUUAAGGAUGCAGCAUGCGGAACAGGCAUCGCCCCCGUGUUCGAGUUCCAAACGUGCAACUCGACACUCAUGGGAUACGAGCAGAGCCCCACCUUGCAUUAUGGACAUUUGAAGGAGAUCGGUACGGGUCAGUGCGUGACUUUGGGCUCCGGCAACGUUCUCAGCCUGGAAGACUGCUACUAUUCGGAUGAUUCCGGACAAGUGCUCCAAUACUUCGCUUUUGGCAGCCCGUCCAACGCGGGCCUGCUCACUCUGGUGCGGGGCGUGUACAACGGGAUGAACCCGCUUGGUUGGGAUCUGGUGCCGACCGCCCCGCCCAGCCCGUUAGCCGAUUUCACUGUGACGCUGACGACACCUAGCGGAACUCCACAGAAUGUGCUCUACUUGGACAGUGCCUCCACUUGCCACUGAUCUGCCCGAUCCUUUGUUUUCUUUAUCACGGACAAUGCCCAGAGCUGGAGCCUUAUGCUCCAACACAAGGACUGGAUAGUGUUUCUUCACUGGCAAUGUAUCACGUUCAUUAGUAUUGACAAGUGCAUUCCGCAUAUUGGUCCCG